AUGCUGUCGGAUGGGACAAUAUGUGCAAGUCGAAGUAGUGUUGUUUUCGAUCAACAUGAACCAAGAGAAUUGGAGCACUCUAGGCGGCAGAGCGAGCCGCUGACACACGACGCAGCCUGUGCGAGUGGAGCAAGUGAUUGUGAUAGUGGUGUGUGUGCGCUGGGUGACGUUGUGCAACGAUCUCCGGAGUCGUCGCAACGGGGCACGGUCUCACCACUAAACUCUAUACUCUUUCCACCCGUACCCGUGGAAGACAUUGAGUGUGAAAAAAAAGUUUUACAGAACUUCUAUGAGUUGAGCAGUGAUACGGGGCGGCGCCAGAUUCUCCAUGAGCUCUUCAACAGACACUUUCAACCGUUCGAGCGAUCCCGCUCCUUCACUGCCGAAACUUGGGAUGAAGUAAAGCGGAUGGAACCCAGUGGUAAUUGUUUUGAUGUUCAAUAUGACCGGAGACGGUACUGCUUCUAUAUCACGGUGGCGCGGAGGCGGUUUCGUUUCUUCUUGUGGUCCUUUUUGUUCCGUUUAUUUUGUCUGCUUUUGAUGUGGGUGUUCAUGUAUUGUCUCGUGUCAGCCGCUGAUUCAUCUCCCGGCGGGGUGUACUUUGAUACAGCCACCACUAUUCUCUUCUCGGGAGUGGUGGGGACUUUGGUGUCGCGUUUGGUUAGAGUUCCUGCACUUGUGGGUGUAGUUGCGGCUGGUAUCCUGUAUAAUAACGUCCCGAGCACAGGUUAUUUGACAUCAGGUGUCACGCCAACGGUGCGACUCACUGUGGGGAUUUUUGGGCUUUCAGUGGGCGCCGUCCGAGCUGGACUUUCGCUAAAUGUUCCUCGCUUCAAGCAGAAGUUCAAGCACUAUAUGCUGUUUAGCAUUCUGCCCGCAACUGCCGAGGCAAUUGUACACGGCUUUGUCUGCAAAGCAGUGUUCGGGUUUCCCAACUAUGCCUGGGCCAUGAUUGAGGGAUUCGUCGUUUCCGCCAUCGCGCCAAGUGUGGUUGUGCCUGUCUUGAUUGAACUACAGGGCAAAGGCUACGGCACACGUGACGGGCCGGCUAUGCUAGUGCUCUCCUCCAUUGCUGUGGACACCACCGUAUGCGUUUGGGUCAUUCAAUUCCUCCUCGCCACUGAAUUCAAUACAAUGAGUGUGGGACUCGCAAUUGGGCUAGCCCCUGUGCAGCUCGUUGUGGGGCUCGGUGGAGGUGUGUUGCUGGGCUUCCUCCUGUACUAUAUUGUUUUCGGAGUGCUCUUCAUGGAGGGUGAGAGGAUUGUUAUUGCAGAGGGCGUCAUCACGCGCAUGACGGCGCGCCACGCGGCGCACGUGCGGUACAUGUCGGCAGGGUUUGUCCUGCUGCUGAGCCUCGCGUGUGUAUCGGGGGGGCGCCGUGUCUCGUGUCUCGGCGGCGGCGCUGUUGCUGUCAUAGCACUGGCGGGGACGUUCAACCUCCUCUGCGAGCGACAGGGCACCCCUGACCACCUCGGCGCGAAGGCCGACAUGGUGGUGAUGCUGACGAAAGUGUGGGACUACGUCGCAAUGCCUGGUCUGUUUGGCUUUGCUGGGGCGAGCGUCAACGUCCAUGAGGUAUUCUCCCCCAACUUCAUUGGGCGCGGCUGCGGUGUCAUCUUUGCAGGCAUGGCGGCGCGCUUUUUGUUUGCAAUGCUCACGCCGCUCAUCUCGCGCAUGGGCUUCACCUGGCGGGAGAUCCUCUUCUGUGGCCUUGGGUGGCUGGGCAAGGGCUCCGUGCAGGGUGCGUUAGGGCCCGCCGCGCUGCUGCACGCGCUGGACGAGCUGAGCCGUGCCACAACACCGGAAGAGGUGGCACGGGCGCAGCAGCGCGUGCAGUACGGUCACACGAUUAAGAAUACUGCUGUGUUGUCAAUGCUCAUCGCAUGCCCUCUGUGCGCCAUAUUCCUCGCGAACUUCUCGCAUCUGUUGCUCAAGAAGGAUCCUGAUGCUACGGAGCCAGCAGCAGUUAAUAAGAAAAGGGCGAGGAGAGGCGAUGCCUCGGCGUGA